AUGACCAAACGGACAUUCGACAAAGAAGCGUACAAGUACCAAGAGUACCUCCCCACUUUUCCCGUAGGGGUGCACUACGACGAGCCUGUCGAGUUCAAGCAUGUCGACCAUGGGCUGGACGCGGACCCGGAGAUGCCUGACCUCCUGGGCGCCGCCUCCCUGGUGGACGACAUCACCCCUGCGGUGGGGACGAGGCUGGAGGGGGUGGACUUGGCGAAGCUUACGGAUAAGCAGAAGGACCAGCUCGCACUGCUUGUCGCUCAGCGCGGAGUGCUCGUCUUCCCCGACCAGGAGAUCAGUAUCGAAGGCCUCCUUAGCCUGACAGGGUAUUUCGGCCCUCUCCAUCUGCACGCCGUCACUGCCAUGCCUCCCGACCCGAAGCUCAACGCAGUCCACGUCGUCUUCUCCGACGGGACCAAGGCGCCCGACCCGAACUGGCUCAAGAAGCCCACGUGGCACAGUGACCAGACGUACGAGCUCAACCCGCCUGGCGUUACUGCGCUGAAACUGAUCACGGCGCCGCCUUCGGGGAGCGACACGAUCUGGAGUUCGGGAUAUGCGAUAUUUUCCAGCUUCUCGCCCCAGUUCCAGCGGUAUCUUGAGACGCUUACUGCGCUCCACUCGUCUGGUGAUCAGAUACAGGAGCAUAUGGCUAUGGGAUUCCAGGCUAGGCGCAGGAGGACGGAUACACUUCAUCCUCUUGUGCGGGUGCACCCCGUUACGGGGUGGAAGACGAUCUUCGUCAACCCUACGUAUACGAAGCGGAUCGUUGGGAUCCCCAAGGUGGAGAGCGACGCUGUGCUGGGGUUCAUAUACAAGCAGGUCGAGGUGCAGCAGGAGUGCCAGGUCCGGGUGAGGUGGAAGGAUAACCAGGUGGUGGUGUGGGACAACCGGUGCUUGCUGCAUACGGCGCUGUUUGACAGCUUCCCGCAUGUGCGCCAUGGGCUGAGAGCGACGUCGCAGGCUGAGAGACCUGUGAGUGUGGAAGCGUAUGAGAAGGAGGAGAAGAAGGCGAAGGAUUGGUGGACGGAGAAGUUGAGAGCGUUGGGGGAGGAGGUGGAUGAGGACCCGAAGAACUUGUCUAAGGCUGGAGGAGCGGAUUAG